AUGGGAAGAAUGAGGCAGAGAGAUAUGAACGGAGGAGACAACACCACCACAAUAACCACCACUUUCCAUCAAUGGGUUUGCUAUCAGCAUCGAGGCCAUGGACCUCAAACGUUCCUCGCUUCCGUCGCAUCGUCCCUAACUGCAUCCCCUUUCUUGCUUUUCUUUCAGUUUCUGUUUUCCUCCUCUACAAGGAUUAUAACAAAUGGUACUUUUGACCGGUUGUUCGAGAUCGCUUGGGGAGAUGACCAUGCCAAGAUUCUUGAAGAUGGGGAAUUACUCGUGCUUAGCCUUGACAAACGCUCGGGCUCAGGCUUCCGAUCGAAAAAUGAAUAUCUGUUUGGGAAAAUCGACAUGCAACUGAAGCUAGUCGGAGGAAACUCUGCUGGCACUGUGACCGCUUACUAUUUGUCAUCAGAAGGCGAUUUUCAUGACGAGAUUGAUUUCGAAUUCUUGGGGAACACAAGUGGUAGCCCUUAUACGCUACACACCAAUGUCUAUAGCCAAGGCAAGGGAGAUCGCGAGCAACAAUUCCACCUUUGGUUCGACCCCACCGCUGAUUUCCACAUGUAUACCGUCAUUUGGAACCCUCACCGCAUAUUGUUUUACGUUGAUGAGAUUCCCAUUCGAGAGUUUAGAAACGACGAGGCAAUCGGGGUUCCGUUCCCGAACUCGCAACCGAUGAGAAUACACUCAAGUAUAUGGAAUGCCGACGAAUGGGCAACGAGAGGUGGGCUCGUGAAAACGGAUUGGAGUCGUGCUCCGUUCACUGCAUCUUACAGAAGCUUCAGUGCCGAUGCUUGUAUUUGGUCGUCAUCGAGAGGAUCUUCGUGCCCAUCGAACUCGACCAAGAGGGGUUGGUUUCGAGAAAAGUUUAACACGGCGGCAGUGAGGAAAUUGAAAUGGGCACAAAAGUACCACAGGGUGUAUAACUACUGUACGGACCGGUGGAGGUUUCCGGCGGGUCCAGCACCGGAAUGCAAGUUCAUAUAG